GGUGUGGGCCGCGGCGCGGGGCCCUUCCUCGAUGGUCCCUCGGGGGCCGCGGCCCAGAGCGGGGCUCUGGCGGUGGCGUCAGUGCUGCCCCGCGGGACCCCACGCACGGGAAGCGGCGGCUGGGGGGCGGGCGCCCUCACGGGCGGCUGCGGCCGCAGACGGGCGGGUUCGCGCGGGCUGCUGCGGCCCACGGGCGGUGCCGCGGUGAGGGCGGCUGAGCCCCGCCCGGAGACCAGCAUCGCACCGGCAUCCCGGGAGGAGUGCCCGCCGCUGCGGCCGGGGACGGUGCGAGCGUCGCGAGGCGCUGAGGGGUCUGUUCUUCUCGUAGGCUGAUCUUCGGCACCCUCUACCCCGCGUACUCCUCCUACAAGGCCGUGAAGACGAAAAACGUAAAGGAAUAUAUGUUUCAUGAAGAUGAGCAGCACAGAUCUCAACACUGAUUCCUGUGGGAUUCCACUGGUGAAGUGGAUGAUGUACUGGAUUGUGUUUGCCUUUUUCACCACUGCAGAAACACUUACAGACAUUGUUCUUUCUUGGUUUCCCUUUUAUUUCGAGCUGAAAAUUGCAUUUGUGAUUUGGCUGCUCUCCCCUUACACCAAGGGCUCCAGUGUCCUCUACAGGAAGUUUGUGCACCCAACGCUCUCCAAUAAGGAGAAGGAAAUUGAUGAAUACAUUACUCAGGCUUGUGACAAAAGCUACGAAACGAUGAUGCGAGUUGGCAAGAGGGGGUUAAACCUUGCUGCCAAUGCAGCAGUUACUGCAGCUGCAAAGGGCCAGGGAGUUUUGUCUGAGAAGCUUCGAAGUUUCAGCAUGCAGGAUCUCACUCUGAUCCGAGAUGAAGAUAAUGUGCAUAUGCGAAGCCAUGAUCCACAGCUGCACCCCUCUGCUGCAAGUCUUCUGGAAACUAUUGAAGACUCAGCUUCCUGUUACUCCUCAGGAGAGGAGAGCAGCAUGGCACAUCGAUCUAAUGGAACCCCGUCAGAUACUAGAACAGACCCAUCAGAUGAAGAUGCAGGAGACAAACUUCCUAAACGUACCCAGAGUCUCAAAACUCCUAAAAAGGUGAUGAAAGCUGAACUUCCAGUGAGAAGUGUAAAAGCCCGCCCUAAGAAGAAAGCUGCUGGCUCUCUUGCUUCUGGCGAGUCCUCCUAAGGCGACCUCCCCCCCCCGGCACCUGUCUCUGUCCUGGGAUUUGCCUUUCGCUUUUAUGGGGAAACUCUCCAAAGGAAGGGAGCUGAGAUUCUUGUACAUAACCGAUACUGCUUUACAGAGCUUAUUCCAAGGCAAGGGGGAGGCUGGGAUUCAGAAAGCAGAGUAGAGGAUACAAAUCCUCAGGAAUUUUCUCCUUUUCAUCUCUCUGUUGGAGAGAAUGCUGAUAUGUCUGUACAUAGCCAGUUGCUUUGGAAUUCCCACUGUAUAACUCUAGUUGAGAAUCUUUGCUGGAAAAACUGACUAGGGUUAGAGACAUCCAUUGCACAGAAGCUGGAAAAAUACUAGACACUGGAGUUCCGCAGGGUGGGUGGCUCUCUAAAAUGUAUUAUCUUGCUCUGGGUAUUCUCCUGCAGCUGUGUGUUGUUAAGAAGUGCCCACCGUGAGUCAUAUUCCUUAAGAAUGGACUGUACCUGAUAUGUCCAUCACCUUUGAGAAAGUGACUGAAGUGAUGUGUGCUGAGUGCUUUUGAACAUAAAGGACUGGCUCAUGGGAGGUAUAUGCUAGAUUCCCACUACUCAUACUGGAAGAUGAAGAGAUUGGUUUUUAUUUUAUUUUUUCUGGAAGGUGAUAAUUUUUUCUGGAACAGAGAUAAUUGGAAAAACUGAUAAAGGAAAUGUGCUCUUACAGGCACAUUAUAUGAUGGAGUAGGUAGAAGUUACUGUUGAGAAAGAAAGUUUGGCGUCUCUAAGUUUCGGCUCUUUUUGAAACUGCUUGAAUUUCAUUUCAGGUUCUAAUGCUCACUUUGACUUCUGUGAGAGCAUCAGAAUGAGGUGCGUCUCGUGCAGUUCAAUGGCAAACAUACUCGCUUUGCCAUUUAGCAGUUGAACUCAUGUCAUUGUGUUGCUUGUUACUUCAGACGAAUUCUUUUAUUCUAGCAGAUGUCUGGAGAAAAUCUGUCUCAAAAUAGUCUGUGAACAUACUUGAGAAUUUCAGAAGCCCUCACCUCUCAGCUUUAGGAGAGUCAAUCCUCAGGACACGAGAACUGAAACAGUUGAUUGAAAUAACAGUUGUGUUCCUCUAACUUCAGGAUUUCGUUUAUGGGGGAUAAAAAGCAAGCACUAGGGCACAAUACUGGUUAAUACUGAUUAAUCUUGUCCUCUUGCUUUAUCCUGCUGCAGCCCUUGCACAGAUUUUCUGUCUGACAUGUGCCAUGCUUAUCAGUGUCCUGAGACUCAAGAAAUACUUAACGCUUGGGACAGAAAAUGACAAGGAAUGUAGAAUAUGUAUUGUGGGAGGGAAAUUGUAGUGCUGCAGAGAAAAUUUGCAUAAUGACAAGCCAUGCUAGUCUCUUGAACGUUGUUAUGGGGAGAACCCCUGUACACGUGCCAGCUGAGCCAAUGAAAAUUUAAGAGUAGGGUUCUUGUUACCAAGAUCUAUAAUGAAGGUGCACCAUUAUAGAUAUGGGUGUCUGAAUGAAUACUUGAUGGUCUUAUUUUUCACUGAAAUUAGUUACCAAAGGAACCUGGCUCCUACAUGAGGGUGUUUGCAUCCCAUACUUUUGCUGUCACAUUUCUGAAAUUACAGUGAAUUCUUCACAGAGCCCAGUAUUUUGCUGUUGUAAAAGGUAUGAGGUAUGAAAGAGGUAUGAAAGCACUUCUGCAGCUAAUGCUCCACAAGCAUUUCUGUCCUAGAGAAUAGCCUUUCAAAAGUUUAUAAAGUUGAAGAUUAGGACUGCAUUUUUUAUUGUUUUAUUGUCUUGGUGGCAAAUUGUUUGCUGUUGAAUUCACCAGUUAUUUCAGGAAGCCAAUUAAGUUGGGUUUAAUAUUUUUUGUAGCUUUUAAAAAUUUGAACUUCACAGUCCAUGUUAUAAACUUGUGUCUUGUCAGAAAUAUAUGUCCUAAAUUAUCCAGAAGCCAGUAGAAAAUACUUGAUUUGGUUCUGCGUUUCAUAAAAAAACCCCAAUUAUUUUGUUCUUUUUUAGUUUAUUAGAAAACUUCAUAUGCAUGUCCUGAAGCAGGAAUACUUUCUGUUUCCAAAGGAAAUUCCUCUCUCCAGACAACAGAUAAAAUCUUCCAUGGUUAUGUGGAAGAUCCAGUUGUGAGGAAUUUCUGUCCUAGACUUUACUGAGCAAGAGAGAACCAUUGUUCUCUAUGUACCGAGUAUGUCUAUGACCAUGUUUCUUGAUUUUUACUUUUUUAAAAUUAAAAUUGUGCAUAGCAAAUUAUUUAUGUAAAUCAUUGUGAGGGACUUGGUUUGGAAGCCAAGUCUCCCCUUGUGCUGAUCUUCUUGCCCUUUCCUUGUGCGUGCACUGUGAUAGUCUACGAUUACUGGAUUUCCAUGGAGUGACUUUCCAGAAUCUUCUCUAGAAUCCAUUUAUUUGUCAUGGUUUUUCUGCUUUGAAGCACAGGAAGAAUUUCUGAAGAUUCGGUUCUAGUAUUUGGAUUAAUCUUUGUCUUCCUGAGCUGAGGCUUGUGCUAAGUAGCUUUUACUUAGCAUUGAUGCUUGAUGUCGUUAGCUUGUGGGUAAAUAUGGGUCAAUUUUACUCUUUUGUUUAUACGGGGCAAUUGGCUUUUGGUUGCAAGAGGGUGUCUGCAGUAGAGUCAGGGACUAUCUAGUGUGUGAUAUGAAGCUGAUGAUGUCAAGCAGCAGAACUUACCCAGAGCAAGACCAGUGUUUUAGCAUGGAUACUGUUUUCUUCUAGUACAAAUGUGACUGCUAGAUUGUGCUUUGCUUGAUCAAAGCCACUGCAGAUCUACCACCGCCCACGUGACCUCUUAGUGAGUUUCUAGAUAUAGUUCUGCAUUGGAUGCACUGUCUUGCAUAGAAAUUCUCUUGUUAAUGAGAACGCUGAAUGUGCUGUUUUGAUAAAAUGCUUUUAUCAGCCGCUGUUCCGUGUUUUCAGCAGGAAAUGCUGGAAUGUAGUUUCUCUUCAGUAUCAUCUGUGGGCUUCAUCGUGCAAUUAAGCAAAUGGUUAAAUCUUCACCUACCAGUAGAACCCCGUUGUGUUUGGUAGAUGUUUAGAGCCUUUUUCUAAUCUGCCUGGCCAUGGAGAGAAGUGCAGUAACAGAAAAUUAUACUUGAAGGUGGGGGCUGAAGAGCGUGGUAUGUGUGUGUCAAACUUUGUGUGCCUAAAAGUUAUCCUAAAAUACCUAUACCAUGACAUACAAAGUUGAAGCCAUGACUGCCUUUUGAAAAGAAAUGUUUUGCUUUCGUUCUGUGUAGUAGUACGGGACAGUGUUUUGCUGUUGGAAAAAAAAAUACUGAAAUGUGGUUUCCUGUGUGAGAAACUUAAUGAUUUGUUGCAUAAAAGGGAAAAAUGUUUUCUUGUUUGGCAGUAAUCCUCCAUAGUGGGUAAGGAAUAUGAAAAUACAGGGGAAACAACUGUCAGGUUUUAAACCUUUACAUUUUACCUAAACAUCAUUGUUACCUACUUUUUUUAAAUGGAGUUUGUGAUUCUCCAGCUUUAUGUUUCUGGGACUGAUUUCCUUUAGACUACAAUGAUUUCCUUGGUAGGUAGAGUGUAUAUAUAGAGAGGGGUGCUGGUGUUCUUAAAAUUACAAAGCUUGUUCUGCGGAGGUUUCACAUUCCCUCAUUUUAGUGAAUUCCAUUCAGUGUGCUUUUGCAGUGCUGGGCUUUCUUUUAUACAUCCCUCUUGGAAAUAUGACUCCCUCGCAAUAUACUUUCUUAGAAAGUAAGAUUUCUAGAGAACCACAACUUUGCAGAAAUGGUUAUUAGCUCUGCGCCAUCUUAAUCAGCAGGAACUUUAGUGCCUUAGGAGAAAAGUAGGAUAUCUAUGGAGAACUGUGCUGGUUCUCUGAUCUACACAUAGCAUUGCAUUAAGGAGGCUCACAAGUUAACUGUGAAGUGUCAUUGUGUGUUUGAGAGCAGCUGUUGAAUUUAGCUGUUUCCUUUCUGUCUUCCAAAGUUGCAUAUAAUGCUGGAAAGUGUGAAUUGCUCCCUAAGAUUGCUCCCUAUGAGAGAAAUUUGGGGGAAAAAAAAGUUGUAUUCUAAUGGGAACCCAUAUUGUCACAUUACUGCUUGCUGGGCAGAUGCUGAAUGACAUCUCAGUGUAAGUGGUCUGUACUAUAGCUUUUCUUGCUUUAGCCACUAGGAGUUUGUAAUGUGCUGUCUGGUGCUGCUUUGUGAGUUGUCUUGCAAAGCCAGAGAUGUGAAAAAACAGAAAAGCACUGCAUGAGUUACAUGAGCUUGUAGAACCAUAGAGGUUCAGGUCAGAGUUGGAAGGGGCCUCCAGGGGUCAUCUAGUUCAUCCUCACAACUCAGUACAGGGCCACCCACUGCCAGUUCCUGUGUGCUAUUUCUGGUCUGGAAUCUGUUGAGUUUAAUGUUUAAGAGCUGAUAAUAUGUGCGGAAAUGCAUAUGCUGUAUGGGAAUGUGUUUUAGUGUUACUGAGGAGAAAUGUUUCCUGGUCACUUUUCAUCUGGAAUUUGGCUCUGUUGCAAGACACUAUAAACAUAACUCGUUCCUAAUGUUCCUUAUAGGUAUUGUUAAAAAGCCUAGCGGCCUCAAAAAGGAUCUUGAGAUAUGCAGAAUAAAUUGUGGAAACAGUUGCUUUUAACAGUAAAUGGAGACAAUAACUGCAUAGCAGCUAAGAACAUGUUCAUAGAUAGCAUUAGAGUAGAAAAUGAGCUGUGUAUUUUACAGAGUUGUCCAGUAAAUACUGCUAACUUUCUGAGCCUCAAGCAACACUUAAACUGUGCAUUGUACAGAGGAGAGCUUGAUUUCUUUUUUGAGCCUGAUUUCUCGCUUGGAGUCAGUCUCUGUCUGUCUCCCUCCCUCCCUUCCCCCUUUGCUUCCCCCCUGCCCCCCCCAUCCCUUUCAAACUGGGCUUGAGCUACAUACAUUGAGAUUCUUCAAACUUUCAUCCCUUCAGAACAAUAAAGUUUUAGUUUUACCUCAGCAGGCAACUGAUCUGCAGGGAGGACCAGAUGAAUAUCAAGCAUCUCUUGUCACUUUUGUAGAGGUGUUAUGCUGGAGAAGCACUAGCAGGAAGCUUCAGAGGAUAUGUUUGCCUGGAAAAUUCUACCCUCUGCCCCCUGCCAAAGCCUGCAUUUUUGGGUGAACUAAGUGCUGCACUUAGCUAUGCUCAUAUGCACAGUUAUCUGUAGAAUCCCACAAUUCAACGUCAGAAUUUCCAGUGCUCUUGUAGAUGAUAACAGGAAUUAAAAUAAUACAAAGUGAAAAGAAACAGUGGCAAAUUGUGGUGGGGUUUUUUUGCAACUUUGCAGGUAAAUUUAGGUCAUUGCUAUUUAUAUGCCUAAAAUCUUUGCCUAAAGCCCCUUGCAAACUCUCUGUUCCUUUCUCGCUCUCUUUCUGAGCUCCUGUUCUUCUGUGAAUUGGUUCUGGUUUUUAUGUUUACUCUUAUUAGGCAAGGGCUGGCUUCCAUUUUACUGACUGUGGGGAUGUGAAAUAUACUGUAUUAGAGCUGUCAUUUAGCUUUUUUUUUUUUGUUAGUUAAACCUAUGACCUACAGUGAUACACGUAAAUGGUACAACAAGGCCUAAGGCUAGAUUCCCAGGUGGAAUGUAAGCAUCUAUUGCAAAUAGCAUAGUUUGACAUAUUUCCCUUUUCUUGCAGUGGAUUCUGGCUGAAAUGUGCUUACAGCAGACCCUGUGGUCAAGAGCAUUCUGUCAGCAUUUAACCAGAUGAUGUUAGAAGUAGCAUUUAUGGGAAUAAUGCAAAAAUAAGUGAACACUAAAGGAGCAAAAGCUCAAGUCUUCUGUAAUAUAUGACUGUCUGAGACUAUGUAAAACACUAAAGCAUUUCUGGCAGCAGUGGAAAUGCAUUGCUAUACUGACUUUCAAAGAUAGGGCAUUCAGUCGUGGUCUUUGUAGCAGGUUUGGGAGGAAAGUUAGUCUGGAUGGCAAGCAUAUAAAGUUUUACAUACCAAGGAACUAAGUUUUUAUCGCAAGUAAUGCUUCGUAACUUACCAAAAAGAAAAACAUUGACUAAAAUUAUAAAAUUGAGAGAAAUUUUCCCGAUUGUCAAACCUAGUAUUUAAUAUAAACAUUCUGUGUUUGUGUUGCUGCCUUAUUUGGGAAAGCACUGCAUUAAUGAACUCGUCAUUUCUGACUUCUCUCUUAGAUUAUUUCUGAAAUGAAUCUCAAAUUAGAGAUGCUUAGGUUUGACUCGGCAUUUUAACAUCCAAGUCCCCGGUUAGCACAGUGCUGAUCUAAAGACACUAGGAGGGUUGUGAGUUACUUUUUGUCCACUAGAGGGUAUAAGCAUAAAAUAAAACCACUGAACAUGAGAGAGCAGAGACAGGUCUCAUAACAGUUUUAACUUCAAUUAUGGCAGUUGAACAGCAAUAUUUCCUAUGUAUGAGUGAAGGUCCUCCUUGGGGGUGAGGGAGAAAACAAGCUGGGGCUGUAAUGGAGAAAUAUGAAAUAAUACUGCUAUUAACCUCUGACUGAAAAGGCUAUUCUGGGCAUUCUAAUUGAGCCACUGUCUAGUGCGGCUUGCUGAGACAAUAGCAUUACAGAAUAACUAUCCUCACUUUUUAGUUUUUGCUGUACAUUCAAGCCAUUUUCUAGCUGUAGGAAGCAGCUCUGAAAAUGGCAAUGUUUGUGAUUCCCCCCUCUUCGCAGCCUUCUUCCCCUCGCCACCUUUUGCAAUUAACCAAUUGCUGUGUGUUGCUCUACUUUAUACUCUGAAUUUUAGUAGUAUUUCCUGGUAAGGAUGAGUAUUUUCUUUCAUUUUGCUCUAUUUUCUCUGAAAAGAGAAGCAACUUUAAUCUAAAAAUACAGAUGUAUCUAAUGUUACUAUGGUAAUUUGUGACCAUGGCAACAGAGAGUUAGCAUUCUGAAGAACAGCUCAGAUUUGGUUGGUUUUUUGAUUUUUUUAAAAGUCAGUGACCUAAUUAAUGGUGCACACAUUUCACAAAAUGAACUUGACUUUUCAUAUUUGUUAACCAUACAUGAUAAUAUGGGUCCAUGAGAUUUUGACAUUCUUACAUGGAAAAGCUGAUGUUAGAACAUAAUGUAACAGCAUGAGAUUCUUUCCAAUGUUGAGAAAUUCUUUUAUUUGCAACAGCAUAGAUGGAGACUUGCAGAUUGAAGGUGGAUCCAGGACAUACCAGGAUGAUUCUGUAGGAAAGAGAAAUAGAAUCUAGAAUAGUCCUGAGGAUUCUUCAAUGUCAGAUUUUGGCAGGGGGAAAGCAAGAAGAAUAAAAUAUAUUCGUUUCUAUUUUCCCAUCAUAUGAUCAGCAUUCAGUAAACUAACACAGUGCUUUUGGGCAGGUGCUAAAUUUCAAGUACGAGUUGUGGAUUACCCUGACAUGCCCCAUCCCAAGAGCAUGUAGUGCAUUCUAUGAAACAUUUGGUAAUGUUAAAGAGUUACAAGAAAUUAAUUUAUUAUUGAGGGAGGUAGGAAUGGGCUUUUGUGGCUAAACCUUGUAUGUAGUGUAUUUAUGUCUGCCAGUGUAGAGCUAACAUAAAGGCUCUCUACUGUCAACAGUCAAUGUUGGUUUUAUAGUAAGUGUGCUGAUGUAAGUUUAGCCAAAACCAAAUCACAGAUUUUUGUUUUCCAAGCUUUUCCUUUUUCCUAGGCUCUGUUGGGAAAUCCUAGGCUCUGUUGGGAAAUCUAGCAACUGAAUGGAAAUUAUAACAUUGCUUCAAUUGCUUGCUUAUCUGGGGCGAUGAAUAUAUUGAAUUGAAUUAAGCAGCAUUUAAUAGCUUAAUUUUUGUAAAAGCCAGCUGUUGUGCCCAUUCUGUAUUUACCACAAGAAUAAGGUAACUGAUGGCUGGAACCACUGUAGUGCAGGAAGGCUACUACUUCCGAAAAGGGAAAGCAGAGAAAAGGCCAAUGCAAACUGAAUUGGCUCAGCUAGUGCAGUCUCCUGUCUCUGAUACUGCUCAGUUUAUUUGAUGACCAGAGGGUAGUUUGGAAUUAAACACACAUUGGAAAACGCCUCGUUAUGACACUUGUCAGCUUUUUACCCAUGUGCUGAAGCACAGUGGUGUUAAAUGACUGGGUUAAUGGAGUUUUCCUAAGAGGAGGAGUUGUUGGAAUUCUGUCACUCAUUUUUGUAGUCAUUAAGUUUGGUCACUUGCUGCAGUAUAAUGACUUCAAUGUACAAAACCCGGGUCUUGUGUUGUGCUUUCUUUAAUACCCAGACUCUUAUUAGGUAUCUUUUAACAUUCUCUUUUUUGAAGUGCCUAUUUUAAAGGGCCCAUUGCUUAUCUUCCAUUUCUGUCCAGAGUAUAUGGCAAAAGGUUUUAACAAUGCAGAUGUACUCUCAUUCCACAGGGUGACAACUAGUCCUUAUUUCUCUUCUCAAUUAUUUUGACCUUUGCCACUAGAAGUGGCUUUCCUGGCUAAGUUCCCUUCUGACGUAACAGGGUCAUACACAUGGAAAGACAGCCCUUCUGUUUGGGUCAGAGAGUGUUUGGAAAAGCUCAUUUUACUAUGUCUAUUCAGGCUGUAUCAGCUUGCUGAAGAUUGCUGGGACCAAAAAGGCAUCAUCUAAGGAAUAAAUUUCGAACACUACUUCUUGCUGCUGUCUCAUGUGGGUCUCUCUGGUAAGUGGUACUCCCAGGAACAGCUGAUCACAAGUCUAUGAUGGCACCUCUAAAGAAAAAGUUGCUGUGAUAAGGUUUAGUUAUUCAUGUGGGUGGGGGAGAAAGGUUCUGGAGGCUAUUUAUUCACUUUUUAUUUCCAGUUUAUUUUGACAGAUAAAUGUCUCAGAUACUUUGAAUUUAAAUCUACAUGUAUCAUCAGAAUAGGAUUAUAGAUUUAUUUGUUGAAGGUAUGGCUUUUUGUUCUUUGCUAGUGAGUUUACAUACCUUUCUCCCCCCUCAGUUUCUUGCUACUGAUGCCUGUGGAUAUUAUUUUUAAAAAUGCUGUUUUGUUAUCUUUUCAAAUUGUGCUCCUGUAUAAUUUUAGUUUAUCUUCAUCUUACGUGUUUAGUCUUCUGCCUUUCCCCCUCUCCAUUGUUGAAUGAAUAAAUACAUGAAAAUGAA